AGACACGUACUAUACACAAGUGCUAGACCAACCAGGUCUUGCAGUGUGUUUUUCUCUUUUUUAAAUUUAGUAUAAUAUCAUCGUAGUCAAGUUUUUUAUUAUUAUAUACAUAUGUAUAUAAUUUUUUCUUUGAUUGCGUGAUUUAUUAAUUUAUUUUAAGUUAAAUUUAUAAAAAUUAUUUUUUUUUAAUACUAACUGGGUUAUAAAAAUAAUAUAUAGGUAUUUACACGUUAAGGAAAAUAACAGUUUUUAAAUCUUAAUUUUUAGACCUUUAUUACUUAGCAAAAUGGCGUUAGAUCUACAUCGAUUGAACACCGCGCGACAAUCAGAGAAAUCCCAAGAAGAAAUUUUAAAAGAAAUUAUUACGGACGAAUUUCCCUUAAAUCCGUUGGAAGUCAUUGGAGAAAAAAGUUUCGAUGAUCCUGAGGCCGUCAAAGAAGCCAAUAAACUUACGGGAACGGAUGUCCAAGAAUUUUACAGAGAUGCCACAGUUUUUCUAACGGGUGGAACAGGUUUUAUGGGCAAAAUGAUAAUUGAAAAGUUGUGUCGAUCAUGUCCUCAUAUCAAACAAAUUUAUUUGCUAGUCAGAAAUAAAAAAGGAAAAGUCAUCAACGAACGCGUUGACGCUAUAUUUGAUGAUAGGCUGUUUAUGCGUUUGAAACACGAACAGCCAAAAUUCCAUCACAAAAUUUCUGCAUUUGCUGGUGAUGUUUCUUUACCAGGUUUGGGUCUUUCAGCAUCUGAUCGACAAAAACUUAUAGAAGAAGUUAACAUUAUGUUCCAUGCUGCGGCUACCAUUAGAUUUGAUGAACACAUUCGUGUUGCUAUUGAUAUCAAUGUUUUGGGUACUCGAGAAAUGUUGAAACUCGCUAAAGAAACAAUAAACCUGAAGUCUUUUAUGUAUGUGUCGACGGCUUAUGCUAAUUGUCCUAACAAAACUAUAAAUGAGAAGUUUUAUGAGCCUCCUUAUGAUUACAACGGUGUUAUAUCUUUGGUAUCUUCAGCUAAAGACGAUUCAAAAUUGGAAUCUCUUACUCCAAGCUUAACUUCUGGUUGGCCGAACACUUACACUUUCACAAAAGCUUUAGCUGAAGAUUUAGUCAGAAAAGAAGCUGAAGGAUUACCAUUGGGCAUAUUCAGACCGUCAGUUGUUAUUUCCACCUACAAAGAGCCAGUUCGUGGAUGGAUUGAUAAUGUUUAUGGACCAAUCGGUAUGAUUGUAGGAGCUGGUACCGGAGUACUUCACACGUUUCAAUGUAAUGUCAAUCAGGUUCUGGACAUGGUGCCCGUAGAUUUAGCUGUCAAUGCGUUAAUAUGUGCAGCUUACAAAGUCGGCAAAAAAAAUCAACCUCAACAAACUAUCGAUAACGAACCCACAAUAUUCAAUUACGUGAGUUCAAGUCAAAAUCCAAUUCUUCUUGGCGAUUUUUUCGAAAUAAUAAAGAAACACGGUAUACCUACUUGGGUUACUAUUAAUGCUAUUUGGUUUUACUCAUUUAUUCCCACCACUAAUGUUUAUUUAUAUUCACUAUUGUUCUUGUUGCUCCAUACAAUACCUGGUUAUUUGUUUGAUUUAUUAGCUAAAAUCACCAGAAGAAAACCUAUACUUGGAAAAAUUUAUCAAAAAACCAAAAAAGCGAGUGAAGCUUUGGUUUUUUUUGCGCACAGGCAGUGGGACUUCCGUAAUGACAAUACACAGGCGUUAUGGAGCGAACUAUCGGAAAGCGACAAAGAUAAAUUCUUUUUUGAUAUGAACACAAUGUCUUGGGAUUAUUAUGCUCGUGCCUGUGCUCUCGGAUUGAGAUUAUAUCUUGUUAAGGACGACAUCAACACUUUAAAAGCCGCCAGAAAGAAGUGGAAGAAAUUAUAUGUGGCUCACAUUCUAUUGAAAACUAUUGUUACGAUUGCGUUUUUGAGAAUACUAUGGUUUGCUAUUAGAUUGAUUUCCUGAAUUCAUAACUUGAAUCUAUAAUAAUAAUUAUUUUGUGCAAUUGAAUAAAUUUUAAUUAUAAUUUUGUCGUGUGUCGAUCUCUAAGUUGUUCAUAACGUUGAUAAAGGUUUAAUCUCAAUGUAUAAUAGAUACUAUUGUAUAUUAGCUGUAUUUAUUUUUAUUUAAUUUUCAUUGUGUAAUUUGUUAAACAAAAUAAAGACAAAUUUUUUAUUAUUGAAAAU